AUGGAUUCACUGGAGCGUAAAUACAUCCAGCAGUUCGUAUCGUCCAGCGUGGCCACGGAAGUGAAAACCAGAUUGACCAAAUGCUACGAUCGGCUGCCACGAGCCGGGCCCGAACUUGGAGUUCCUCAACCUGGAACAUUCUACGAUAUACGUUCAAGGGGUGAAAUUCAAGCAUUUCUAACUGCGAUCUGCUCGCCAACGGAAGUGGCCCCUCUGCUGGAGGUCAAUUCUUCACGCGUCACCGAAUGGAGAGCGCUGGCGCUGAGAAAACUGUCGAGUUCCCUCGUCGGGACUCGAAUGAUGCUGGUUCCGCUGGUGUUUGUUUCGCUGGAGACGCACCAAAAGUACCGGAUCUACGAAUCCUUGCUGGUGAAGUCAGUGACCGCGGGGAGUGAUGUGACGUUCUACGACAUGAAAGGUCGCCGCUUUUGGCGGUUUGAUCAGUUUCUCGACGGCGGUGGCUUCCCGUUUGGCAUAAUGUGCUACGCGGGAUCGAACGGGUCGCUGGAGUAUCAGAUUGUUGGAAUGAAGUCGGUCGUUACAAGGACGACCGACGCGCUGUUUGGUACUUUGAGUGUCAUCGGAAGUGUUGGGCUGAUUUUUGCGUCCGAAUCUUUGGCGUUGCCGAUUGGGUUAGGAACAACUUUGUCCAACAUCUAUCUGGCAGCCAGAGGAAUCUACAAUUUUCUUCAAGUGGAGCAUCAUAGCGACUUAAAUCCGGUACGAACCACUUCGAUCAACCUGCUGCUAGCGGCACUAAAUUUUAUCUGCAUUGGAAUGGUGUCUAUGCCCUGCGUCGUGGGACCAUUUCAGGGAUUAAGCGCGUCACAGAUUACGCUUCUGGGAGGUUGCGCAAUAUCAAGCUUCUUCUGGAUGAUGCAAAACCAGCUGAAUAUGUCCAUCGGAUAUUGGUGAAUGAAACAAAGUGUUGGAAAUCUUUUUAUUUAUUAAGCAUAUCGCCACUAAAAAGUAUAAAUAAAGUAACCUUAUAUCUGAUAACAACCAAAAUCAGCUUGCAACACUGUUUUUGAAUCCACCUCUAACAAGGCUAGAAAGAAUUGAGCUUAAACGUUAAGGUUUGUGUCCGUGCUAUACACUA